CCGCAUCUCCUCACUGCAAGUCAAGAAGAGAAUCCAGAGGAAGAAGAAAAGGAUUGAAGAGGAAUUAGAAGAGGCGGGAGAGGAGGUGGCUGGCUUCGCUCCCAUGGUCAGACAUAAAUUCCUCACCUUUGAUCCAGACUUUACCCUCCCGGAGAUGCCAGUGCACAGGCCACCACUCAGUGAGUGGCAAGUUACAGCCUAUGCCACAGCAGAUGAAUACGACUUGGAGAAGCUGCGGGAUGGGCUUACACAGCAGGGUCUCUACAGUAUUGCAGACUUCAGAGAUCCAUCCUCCAGCUCCAUGGCAUCUCACUCAGAUAUUACCCCACCUGACCCACACACACUGCCUGAUACAAAUGAGGUGCUGCACGUGAUGGCCACCUAUCACCUGGAGAGUGAGCCACGCGAGAUCUUCUUCUUCCACUCGGGUGCUGUGGUGUUCUGGAAUGUGGCGGAGCUGGAGCGAAACAAUGUGCUGCGCUUUCUGAGGAAGUACCAGGAGGGCAGCCAUGACGAGAAGACAGUCAAGGAGGAGAGCGAGAGCAUCACUUACAUUUACAAUGACACGCCGUCCCGAACAAAGCUUGUGCGAGAUACAAUCUUCUUGAAUCCUGAAGGACCAACAGACCUUGAAAAAUACACAUUCAGCAAUGCCCUGUCCUUGUCAGUGCAACUUGGCAUCUGGGAAGCAGCACUUGAUCAGUACAUUGACAACAUUGAAUAUGUUUCAGAGGAGCUUAGCAAAACAGGCCGGGUGGUUCUGAGUCAAGACCAAGUACUGCAGAGGAUGGGUCAACUCUUUGCUCUGAGGCACCUGGUGAAUCUCAGCUCAGAUUUACUUGAUGUUCCUGACUUUUAUUGGGAACAUGAGAACCUUGAACAACUGUACAGAAAAACAUCAGAACACCUCAGUGUGUCCAAGCGUACCUCGGUGAUGAAUGUGAAGCUGAGUCACUGUGUGGAGUUGAUGGAACUCCUAAAAGUCACCUCAAUGAGCGACACUCGCCUCGAGUGGAUCAUCAUCAUCCUCAUCAUGGUGGGUUUUGAACUCCUCCACUUCAUUGAGCGUCUCCUCUGA